AACAAUUCUGAGAGACGAAGAUUCCAAUGGGGAGGUCGAGAAGGAAAUACAAACAAUCUCGUGCCAAGGUCAAAGUGGGUCUCCCGAGGAAAAACCCUUACGUCUUCAAGCCAUGCUUCACUCUUCCUCCCAAGCUCCGCGCCCUCGCCGAGGUCGACGACGCCCUCUCCAAGUGGGACGACAAAGCCACCGUCAUCCAAAACUACAAGUCCUUCGGCGUCGUUUCUAACCCUAACUUCCUCGGCGUCCGUUCUCGUACAUCUCACAUCGUGGAAAACGGUUCCCUCCAAGUCCCUCGUCCUCCACCGUCCAAUGAGCCGGCUGAUGAAUUCGAUCCCAUUGAUUCAGGAAGCGAUCUCGAAGAAGACGACUUAAAAACUGCACUGGGGAAGAAGCGAAGAGAUGGAAGAAGCACGCAUUUACAGCCGCUGACCACUAUGCAACGUCAUCAUAUUGGCCGGCUUGUUGAGAAAUACAGCAAUGACUACCAGGCAAUGUUCAUGGAUGUAAAACUAAACAAGAUGCAGCAUUCGGUUGCGACUCUGGAGAAACUAUGCAAGAGAUAUCAUAUGUUUGGAGAUAAAAAUCCAUUGAUAUCAUCCGCUUGAGAAUGUUUCGAGUUUCUGCAUGGCAAUCUGUCAUGGGUCAAAGUUCUAAAGAAGAUUAUAAUAUGAUCGAUUAUGUACUCAAAGUAGCCUGGCAAAGAUUUUGAUUUGGAUUAUUGUACUUUCAUCUUUAUAAUGGAGUAAAAAGUAUGGAUUUUCAGUUCCA